AUGUCUCUCCUCCGUCUCCGCUGCUCCCUCUCCACGCCGCCAAAUCCCGACGGUCCAUCUACACCACACGGCCGAAUCUCAAGCACGCAGUCCCAUCCUCCACCGUCCAGCUCUUAUCUCUGGGGCCGCGGCAGCUCCGGCCAACUCGCGCGGCGGCAAGGAAGAAACCCGCUUGCUAUCCCACUCUCCUCACGUCUUUCCCCCCACUCACUCUGUUCUCACGACGCCGCACCCGGCUCCUCGCGGGCCCAGCCAGCCAGCAAAGGGGUCGGGGGCGUGGCCUGCGGGCUGUUCCACUCGGCGCUGGUGGUCGACGGUAGGGUUUGGAUUUGGGGGAAGGGGGAUGGGGGGAGAUUAGGGUUUGGGGAUGAGACGUCGAGGUUCGAGAUGGAGAGGAACGAUAACCUUGACGCGGUGAGGAUGCUUGCUCUUGGUGGGGUUCAUUCUACUGCCCUCAGUAGAAAAGGGGAGAUCUUUACUUGGGGUUAUGGAGGGUUUGGAGCGCUUGGGCAUUCUGUUUAUCAUAGAGAGCUUUUGCCUAGACUUGUGAAUGGUCCUUGGGAAGGAACCAUAUCCCAUCUUGCCACUGCUGGAGCCCACACUGCGGCUAUUACUGAUACAGGUGAGCUUUAUACAUGGGGAAGAGACGAAGGUGAAGGGAGGUUGGGUCUUGGUAGUGGUGGCGGUCCAGGUGAAGGGGGUUCUCUUGGUACUCCUUCUAUAGUAAAUGCAUUACCUGUUCCUGUUGCAGCAGUCAGUUGUGGUGGAUUUUUCACAAUGGCGUUAACUUCAGAAGGCAGAUUAUGGAACUGGGGAGCGAAUUCAAAUUUUGAACUCGGAAGGGGCAAUAGGGUCAGUGAUUGGAGACCACAACCAAUUCCUAGCCUCAAAGAUGUUCGUAUAGUUCAAAUAGCAAGUGGGGGAUACCAUUCGUUGGCAUUAACAGAUAAAGGUGAAGUUCUUUCAUGGGGCCAUGGGGGACAUGGUCAGUUGGGUCAUGGCUCCAUCCAGAAUCAGAAAGUUCCCUUCGUUGUUGAGGCUUUAGCUGGUGAACGCGUUGUCUACAUCACAUGUGGAGGUUCAUCUUCUGCUGCUAUUACAGAUAAAGGGAAGCUAUACAUGUGGGGAUAUGCCAAGGAUUGUCAGUUAGGCGCUCCUGGGCUGCCUGAGAUACAAUCAACACCAAUUGAAGUGAAGUUUCUUAUGGAUGAUGAUGAGGAAUUAGGCUCCCAUCAUGUCGUCUCGGUUGCCAUUGGUGCCUCUCAUGCCAUGAGCUUGGUUUUGAGACAAGGAGCCAAUGCGUCUUAAGGUUCAUUGACGACAUGCAAUGGUGAAAGAUGCAACCUGAGAUAACUGCAGCCUUUUGAUAUCACCUGAGGCUACGUAAUAAUACCACUUGUGUACAUCUUUGGUGGGCUGCUUUGGACAAUAGGCUACUACAGCAAAUGUUUGUUUCAUCUAUGUAAAAUCCUGAAAUGUUUUUCUGUACAAUCUCAUAGGGCUUACUUUUUCCGACGAGAAAUUAUUAUUGAAAGAGUUUCGAUGAUGACCUUGCUGUCCAAAGCGUUAAAAUCAUGGGAAUGUGAAAGAUCAUGAGAUGUUGUACGUGAUAUUCUGAUUUUUCUGAUGAAUAAAUUGAAACUGGAAGAGUUAUUUAUUACCUAUUGCCGUUC